UUUAAUUUUCGUUUAGUCACAUCUUUCUUUCAUUCUCUUCUUCUCCUUCUAUAUUUUCUCAAUUCUUUUGCUUAUAGAUUUCGAUGGCUCUGCAAAUCAACGAAGGAGGCUCUUCUUCUUCCACUGCCCGACACAUGUAUGACGUUUUCUUGAGCUUUAGAGGUGAAGAUACUCGUUAUAAUUUUACUGGUCAUUUAUAUCAUGCUUUAUGUGACAAAGGUUUUAACACCUUUAUUGAUGAUAAUCUUCAAAGAGGAGAAGAAAUUUCAACAGAGCUUCUCAAAGCCAUAGAAUUGUCAAUGAUUUCGAUUGUUGUAUUUUCUGAAAAUUUUGCAUCUUCAACUUGGUGUUUGAAUGAACUUGUCAAAAUUCUUGAGUGUAAGAAUUUUGGCCAAUUAAUUCUACCUGUUUUUUACAAAGUAAAUCCAUCAGAAGUACGUAAACAAGAGGGAAAGUUUGGGAUUGCACUAACUGAACAUGAAGAAAAGCAUAACAAAGAUAAGGUUCAGAGUUGGAGGGCAGCUUUAACCAAAGCAACUUAUUUGGCUGGAUUCUCUUACAAGGAUGGGUAUGUAUCUAUUACUACUUUUUUGCCUUCUUGUAGUAUAAAACAUUAAUAGUUUUGUUAUUACCAUUUAUU